AUGAGUCGAGAUGCGCAGAGCGAUGACGUCCCAGAACGACAGCCCAUGGCCGAGCCGCUGAACUCACACACCUCUGGCCGCCGAACCUCGACAGCAACCAUGCCCGUCCGAACCGACCAGGCGCCCGGCGCGCAGUUCCGCAGCCGGCCCGUCGCCGUCGCAGUCAACCCCGUCUCCUUGGUCAUAAACGAGUGCAUAUCCGUCACCUCGGUCAUGCGCAAGCACGCCCGCUGGGCCCAGUCCUCCGUCUCCUCGAUCCUCGGCGGCAACCCGAACCCGGUGCAGCUUGGGCCCCCGAGUCCCAUGCUUCGACCUGGUAGCAGAAGCUCGAAUGCGAACAUCAGCGUGGAUGGCGCGCAAGACAUUGGCGUGGCCAACCGCUGGGGGCUGCGCGGCAAGAAGGGCAAGAGCAUGCAGGAUAAUCCCCUGAUGGCUGGCUUUGGGCGCCUGCGACAUGAGCUAUCCGACUGCAAAGAUAUCCACGCCUUCGAUGCGCCCGCCCUGCUGCACCCUUUCCUCCAGGUCAUUCAGGCCUCUGCCACAUCGGCACCCAUCACCAUUCUCGCCCUCAAGGCGAUCCGCAAGUUCUUGUCCUACGGCUUCAUCAGCCCCGAGUCGCCUCGUUUCGCCCUCGCUAUGCAGUCACUCUCGACCGCCAUCACCCACUGCCGCUUCGAGGCCAGCGACUCCGCGCAGGAUGAGGUCGUCUUGCUUAUGAUUUUGAACUUGAUGGAGGAUAUGCUGUCCAGCCCCGGUGGAGCACUCCUCAGCGAUGAGAGCGUCUGUGAGAUGAUGGAGACCGGCCUGACCAUGUGCUGCCAGUCAAGGUUGUCUGAGCUUCUGAGACGAACGGCUGAGGCGUCCAUGGUGCGGAUGUGCCAGAUCAUCUUCGAGCACCUGAAGCACCUAGAGGUCGAGGCCGGCGAUGAUUUCGACGCCCUGGACAAGCAGACAAACGGUGACAUGGAUGCUGUCAAGAUGGUCCCUUCAACGAACGGAAAUGACGUGAUUGCAUCGUCUGAUGCCCCUGUCAACCCGCCUGCGGAGGAGGCCCAGGAAGCCCCGGAAGUCGAGGAGCCAAAGGGAACGACGGAAGCCAAGGAGUCAGAGGAGCCAAAAGAACCCCGAGAAUCUUCGAGUUCGGCAGAGGCCAGCAACGCGGCCGCGGACACACCCGAGGAGGACCCUUUGGAGCUUGACAUCAAGCCGUACUCCCUGCCAUCGAUGAAGGAGCUUUUCCGCGUUCUUGUCGAUCUGCUGGAUCCUCAUGACAAGACCCAGGGAGACAACAUGCGUGUCAUGGCACUACGAAUCAUUCACGUAGCCCUGGAAGUGGCGGGUCCUUCUAUUGCGAGACACCCAGCCUUGGCCUUCGUUGCUGAAGACAAGUUGUGUCGGUAUCUCUUCCAACUCGUAAGAUCAGACAACAUGGCCAUCCUCCAAGAGGCUUUGAUUGUUGCCGGCACACUUCUCGAAACCUGCCGUGGCGUUCUAAAGCUUCAGCAAGAGCUUUUCCUAUCGUACCUCGUGGCAUGCCUACAUCCUCCGGUUGAGAUUCCACGCGAGGCUGGUAUCGAUCCGUCCCUGUACGAAGGCAUACCCCAAGCUCCGAAGCUCGUAAAGCCGCCACCUUCGCAAUCAAGUAGCGGCAGGUCGACACCUGUGCCGGUUAAGGAUCGGCAGAAGCUAGGUAUGGAGGGCGGCACUCGGAAACCAGAUGCCCGGCAAGCCAUGGUUGAGAGUGUCGGGGCAUUGGCGCGAAUUCCAAGCUUCAUGGUGGAGCUUUUCGUAAACUACGAUUGCGAUACUGACCGUAUGGACAUGUGCGAGGAUAUGAUCGGACUACUGUCAAGGAGUGCCCUGCCGGACUCAGCUACCUGGAGCACCACGAGCGUUCCGCCCCUCUGCCUUGACGCCCUUCUGGGAUAUGUCCAAUCUAUUGCGGAGAGACUCGAUGAGACGCCUACGACAGAGGGAUACCCCGAUAGGAUGUCUCUUCGUGAGCAAAGGCAGCGAAAGAAGACCAUUGUCAAGGGUACAACCAGGUUCAACGAGAAACCCGAGAAGGGUCUUGUCUUCUUGCAAGCGGAAGGAAUCAUAGAUGACAUCAGCAACCCAGUAUCGGUAGCCAGGUUUUUGAAGGGCACCACCAGACUGUCAAAGUCAAAAUUGGGCGAAUACCUUUCCAAAAAGGGCAACGAGAGAUUACUCGAGGAGUUCACAGAGCUGUUUGAGUUCGACGGAAAGCGUGUCGACGAAGCUCUUCGCUUGUUCCUGGAGAGUUUCCGUCUCCCUGGCGAAUCAGCUCUCAUUGAGAGAAUAGUAACGACCUUCUCCAAGAAGUAUAUCUCCAGCGACGUUCCUCCCGGUUCCGCGGACGAGGAUGCCGUGUUUAUCCUCACUUACGCCAUCAUCCUGCUGAAUACAGAUCAGCACAACCCAAACUUCAAGGGCCAGAAGCGAAUGAGUCUGACCGACUUUGCCCGAAACCUCCGAGGUCAGAAUGGCGGCAAGGACUUCGAACUUGAGUACCUUUCCGCGAUUUACGAUACCAUCAAAUCGAACGAGAUUAUCCUCCCCGAUGAGCAUGACAAUAAGCAUGCGUUUGACUACGCCUGGAGAGAACUGCUGCUGAAGACCGAGUCCGCUGGACCGUUGAUCAUCUGCGAUACGAACAUAUACGAUGCUGAUAUGUUUGCUUCAACUUGGAAACCUAUCGUCUCUACGUUGUCUUAUGUAUUCAUGUCUGCCACAGACGAUGCUGUUUUUGCUCGUGUCGUAACUGGCUUCGAUCAAUGCGCACGGAUUGCUUCCAAGUAUGGCAUUACAGAAGCGCUUGAUCGCAUCAUCUACUGCCUGAGUUGCAUGACGACAUUAGCAACCGAUACCACCACGAACACUGCAUUGAACACGGAGAUGAAGGUGUCAGAUGACGGUGCGAGCGUCAUGGUCAGUGAGCUUGCCGUUAAGCUCGGCAGAGACUUCAAGGCCCAGCUUGCCACCCUAGUCUUGUUCCGUGUGGUUACUGGAAGCGAGGCUGUCAUCGACGACGGCUGGCAAUACAUUGUCCGCAUCUGGCUCAACCUCUUCACUAACUCUCUAAUUCCCUCCUUCUUUUCCAAUGACCCUGACCGGCUCCCCAUACCUACGAUACCCCUGCAGACGCCGUCUCAAGUCAUUGAUCGGGCAGCCAAGUCUGCGGAUACUGGGCUUUUCUCCGCCUUGUCAUCAUACAUCUCCAGCUAUGCGGCUGAUGAUCCUCCUGAGCCAUCGGCUGAAGAGCUGGAGGGUACCCUUAGCACUGUUGAUUGCGUAAACGCCUGCCACAUGGGCGAUGUAUUUGCGAACAUCUCGAAUCUCCCCAGUCAAGCAUUGGAACCCCUCUUGGAAGCACUCUUGGCCGAACUCCCAGAGGACGACAGCUCCUCGGUACCCGUUAUCACCGUCAAAUCAGAAAGCCUACCGUCCUCCCCAGGUAGUGCAAAGCAAGCACGCAAGCAGACAACAUACGAUCCUGCGGUUGUCUACAUCCUGGAGUUUUGCACAGUCCUCGCUUUGAGAGAUGCGGAAACUGUGGAAAGGCUCGGCAAGCAAGUCUCAGAUGCCCUCCAGGCCAUUCUGCGUGACGCCAGUCGGCAUCAUUCGAUACUGGUGUCGAGAGUGGCAUUCUACCAGUUCAGCAUCCUGAAGGCCAGCUAUGAACAUGACUUUGUCCGAGCCCCAGUACUCCUUCACACAAUAUCCAGUUUCCCCAAGGAUAUGCUGGCAAAGACUGCGCAGCUAGUCUUACAAGGUCUGAAGCUGUGCAUUAGCCAGCCAGGUCCUCUACGAAGCGAGAUCAUGACUUCCCCCGACUUCUGGGUGUUGCUGCGCACGCUCGCUGGUCACUCGGGGUCAUCGGGCGUUGUAUUCGACAUACUCGAGGGCGGCGUGUCGGGCACACCGUCUGCAAUCAUCGCAGACAAUUAUGAGGCUGCGAUAUCUCUACUGAAUGACUUUGCCUCGGCCGCCAAGGUUGGUGCCGUGGCAGAACAGAAAGGCGAACAAGGAAGCAGGCGGCCUCGCAGUGCUCGUCCAAAGAAGGAAACACCAAGUGAAAAUGCGGUGGUAUCUCGUGGCGUCAAGGCGAUCAACCUCAUACACAACAUGACUGCCCGCAUACCUCAUCUCAUGAAGCAGUCACACUUGGAAAGCAGCGAAGCGUGGUCGGCAUACUGGUUGCCUGUUUUCCAAGCCCUCAGCACACAGUGCACCAACCCAUGUAGGGAGAUUCGUCAUCUCGCGUUCUCGUCAUUGCAGAGAUGUCUGCUCUCGCCAGAUCUUACGAGCAGCGGCCAUGAGGAAUGGACUGCCAUCUUCGGCGAGGUCAUGUUCCCCCUCAUUCUGAAGCUGCUCAAGCCAGAGGUGUACUCGUCGGACAGAGACGGCAUGAGUGAGACACGGGUGCAGGCGGCGUCGCUGCUGUGCAAGGUCUUCCUACAAUACCUGGUUCUCCUUUCCAAAUGGGACGGGAUGCUGGAUCUUUGGCUGAAGAUUAUCGACAUCAUGGACCGUCUCAUGAACAGUGGUCAAGGUGAUAGCUUGGAGGAGGCCGUUCCCGAGAACCUCAAGAACGUCCUGCUGUUCAUGUCGAGCAGUGGAUACCUCGUGCCACCCAGCAAAGACCCGAGCCAGGAGAAAUUGUGGGUUGAGACGUGGAAGCGCAUCGAUCGGUUCCUCCCAGAUCUCAGGAAUGAGCUGGCGCUCGAGGAGCCGUCGCCGGCCGAGGAGCAGAAAGACGGCGUCGCUGAGCCCGCCGAGGCAACGGCGGAGGACAAGAAGGAAGGGGCGGAGAAGGAAGCAGAAAAGGCCGCUGCCGCCUAG